GGUACUGAUCGCAUCACAUUCUAGGAGCGUUCUCAAUCGCUCUACAUGCUAGUGACCUUCCUCUCAAAAAAAAGAAAAAAAAAAAAACUACGGCGUCUGCUCCCGUUCGAUCCAGCUGCUAUACCGAACGUCCAUCUUUAAGCGUGCGAGGUGUUUCUCUGAUUGUUACUCGGUGGCAAUGAAACCUUAAACGACUGAACUGUGGUUAAUUGAAGACGGGUUAGAAGUAGACUAAACUAGCAGACGACUCAAGACGAAGCGACUAUGGAGAAGCGCAGGGAGACUGGACUCUAAACGUGGAAAAAGGAUCAAGCGAUUCCUUAUAUUUGGAUUAUUUCCCACUUUGAAGACUUAAUUUGCUGAGGGAUUUUCAUCUGAUUUUAGCUGUAUUAUUAUACACAAACAUGCACGGAAAGGAAACUAGGUUUUGCACUGGAUGCUCGAGGCUACUGAUGCUGUGCGUCUUGGUUCUACAUUUCAUUCCGGUAGUAGAUGGGAAUACUGUGGGGGUAAAUGCCACACACACUCGUCUGCCGGCAACCCCGCACACCCAGACGUCCUGACCGUGGACUUCUUCGACCAUGCCUCCCGAGGUCGCGCUCUGGACCUUCCCUCUCCAUCUCCAUCUCCACUAGCCCAUGAGCUGCAGGGUGGGGAUUCCACCUCAUGGGCUAUGCCUGACAACUAUGACUACCUCACACCCUACGAAGACGGUGUGUCGCCCACAGCUGAUGAAUACUCCUACAGCACUACUACUGACACCUACGAUGGAGACGAAGAUCUGAGGCUCUCUGCCGGCACUCCAUCCCGCUCCAAGCCAAGGGGCCCCAGCUCUGGCUCUUUAACUCCAGAUGAGGCUCUUCCAAGCGGGGGUGCCUCUGCCCCUGGUCGCCCUGCAGUCCAGUCAGUGGACGGCUCGGACGGAGUAGGUGGCUGCCGCGUGGGCAAUGUGAAGCAGAACGGUACCUGCCGCUCACCGUGCGACACCUUGGCUCCGAGCUAUUGCUUCAACGGGGGUCAGUGUUACUUGCUGGAAGGCAUGGGAGUCUUCUGCAGGUAG